CGCCUCCGGACGCCUCACUUCCGGCUCCUCGGGCUCGGCCGCCCGGCCCGGACGCCCCCGGCGCGGCGGCUGCGGGAGUGGUGCGCGGCCGCGGAGGCCCCGGGCGCCGCGCUCAUGGCCGCCGCGUGGAAGCGGGCGCCGCCGCCGCCGCUGCUGCUGCUGCUGCUUCUGCUGGCGCUGGGGCGGCAGGCCGUGUGCGCGGCGAGCGCCGCCGCCGACGACGAGGCGGUGCCGGAGGAGUGGGUGCUGCUGCACGUGGUGCGCGGCCGGGUGGGCGCCGGCAACUACAGCUACCUGCGGCUGAGCCACGAGGGCACCAUCGUGCUGCGGCUGCGCAGCGUGGAGGGCGACGCCGACCUGUACGUGUCGGACGGCACGCCGCACCCCAGCUUCGACGACUACGAGCUGCAGUCGGCCACGUGCGGCCCCGACGCCGUCCGCGUCCCCGCGCGCUUCCGGCGGCCCGUGGGCAUCGGCGUGUACGGGCACCCGUCGCACCGCGAGAGCGCCUUCGAGAUGCGGGUGUUCCGGGCCCCGGCGCGCGGCGAGGCGGCGCCCGCGGACGGCGGGGACGGCGGCCGCGCGCGCGCGCCGGAGGCGGCCCCGGAGGAGGAGUCCGCGCUCUGGACGCUGGCGAUCGGCCUCCUGAAGCUGGUGCUCGAGGUGCUGUUCUGACCCGGCGUGGGGCCGCCCCGCCGCGCCCGGCUGCCGGCUGCGAAGACAGAGCCCUCGCGGGGGAGGGUGACCCGGGCCCCCGGAGCACGGAGCGCGGCGAGCGGCACGGUGGGUCUUGCUAAACCAUCGGCAGCCCCGUAGGAGGCACGUGCACAAUAAAGAGGUGAAACGCC